CGAAAAUAUAAUUGGUGAAAAAGGCAUAACAGCUUUAUUUUUAGGUUUAUCUGAAUGCAUUAAUCUCUCAAUUUUGAAAUUAGACCUCCAGCAAAAUAAAAUGGGUGAUAUGGGUGCUUCAGCUUUAGGUUUAUGUCUCGCUUAAUUAAGAAAUAUCACCGAUUUAUCGCUCAACCUUGGGUCAAAUUAAAUUGGUGAAAAGGGUGCUUCAGAUUUAGGUUUUGGUUUAUCUAAGUGCUCCAAACUCAAAACUUUGAAACUCGAACUUUA